AUGUUUAUAUUUCUAUUGAUUAUUGUAAUUACUAAUGCAACAGAAAUUAUUAACAAUCCAGAAGUAAUGCACACACAUAUGUAUUCAAAUAAACAUAAAAUAAUUUACAAUAAAUAUAAUAUACAUUUAAAAAGUGAAGCUGAAGUGGUUAACGAAAAGAAAGAAGGAAAUGAUGUUGCAGAAGUACCAGUUCAAGAAAUAAAAAUCAAUAAAGAACACGAUGAAGCUGAAGAAAAGAAAAAAGGACAAAAUAUACCAACAGAAAAUGGAGUUGAAAGUGUUGAAAUGGGAAAAAAGAGUCAAGAAAAUGUUAGAGAGAAUGAAAAUGGACAAGAAAAUGGAGAAAAGACAGUCAAAGAAAUACCAGAACAGAAAGAACCAAAAAAGGUUAAUGAAAUGGGCGAUGAAGAACAAAAAAAACCAUCGAAAAAAGAAGAAGUAUCAAAAGAAUCAGGAUUAACUGAAGAUGGAAAAGAAAAGAACAAAGAAGAAAAAAGUCAUGUUGAAAGUGGAGAAGGAGUGAAAGGAAAAAGUGGAAAUCCAGAAAGUCAGAAAGGAGAAACACCAAAUGAAAAAAAGGCUGUUGGUGAUGAAGAACCAAAGAAAACAAAAGGUGAAAAUGAUGAAACUCAGGAACAAGCCGAUGACAAAAGUCAGGUCAGUAAUGAAGGAAAACAGAAUGGACAAACGGGUCAAGACAAAAGUAACGAAGAACAAAAGCAGAAUAAACAAGGAGGAGGAAACAAUGACGAAAAAGUAAAUCAAGAAAAGAAUAAAGGAGAAAAAGAUACUAAGAAAGAAGAAGGAGAGUCAGGCACUAAUAACCAAGAAAAGAAGGAAGAAAAAACUGAAGACGAAGGAGCAAAGAAGAGUGGAGAUGAAAGUGAUGAAACAAAAAAGAAUAAAGACCAAGAAAAUAAGAGUGAAGGAGGAAAUGACGGAAAGAAAGAUGAAACUGGAAAAGAAGAAGAGAAGAAAACCGAAGGUAAUGAACCAAAGAAAGAAGAGGAAAAAGAAAAUAAAGAAAAACAGAAUGAACCAAAGAAAGAUGAAGAAAAACCAACUAAUGAAAAUAAAAACCAAACAGAAAAUAAAACAACAAAUAGUUCUGAUAAUUCACAAAAUAAAACUGAUAAUAAAACUGAUGAACAUAAUAAUCUUGACAAUUCAACAAGUAUAUUUGUUAUUCUUUCAGGAAUUAUCACUUUAUUCUUCUUCUAA